AUGGUAACCACGAAGGUCCUAACAUUGUUGCUACUAUGCCUGUCCAGUACUUGGGCAUAUAAGGUACUGUUCGUCUUCCCUGCUGCCACGAGAUCUAACGAUGUUUUGGCCAAAGGAGUCGUUUGGGCACUUUUGAAGGCCGGACAUGAGGUAACUUGGGCUGCGACUUUCAAGCAGGAAUCUCAUCCUAACCUUACUAUCAUUGAUCUUCCAGAAGCCAGGAAGGUUGUCGACAGUUUCGAUCCAAUAACAAUGAUGGGCAAUAACAACAUAAGUCUGUCUUUCAUGAAGGAACACACUGUCCGUAUUUGUACGGCAACCGCGCAAAAUGCCGAAUUAAGGCGAGUGGUCGUCGAGAAACAGUUCGACGCUGUCAUCACUACGUACUAUUUGAACGACUAUGAUGCUGGGUACGCAGCCAUCCAGCAAGUCCCCUGGAUCGUGUUCAGCAACGUGAACUACCAUCCUUUGUUAGAGCUGAUGGUGGAUGAAGUCAGGUCCAUACCGACCACGCCUAUUGUACUGAACGAGUGUGAGACCCCCAUGAGUCUGCCUAGGAGAUGGCUUAAUGGACUUAUGUAUAUGGUUUUAACUGCAUAUACCUGGUACGACCAGCCAAGACAAGUAGCUCAAUACGAGUCCAUGUUCUCUGAACUAGCUGCUAAGAGAGGAGUUCCUCUGCCCCCCUUCGAGGAAGCCAGGCAUAACGUGUCCAUACUCCUGGUGAACUCCCACGAGUCCUUGCAGAAUGGGUAUAGCUCUCCUCCCAAUGUGGUGAACAUCGCUGGGUAUCAUAUUAGUGAGCAUCUGGCUCCGUUGCCUAAGGAUUUACAGGAGCUCAUGGACAAGUCCAAAAACGGAGUGAUCUUCUUCAGCAUGGGGUCUAUUUUCCGAGCGGCAGGGCUGGACCCUAAGAAACGCGAUGCACUCGUGAAGAUGUUUGGGAAGCUGCCUUACACCGUGCUGUGGAAGUACGAGGAGCCUCUGGACAACCUGCCUCCUAAUGUACAUAUCAGGCCUUGGUUACCACAGCCUACCGUCCUUGCUCACAAGAACACAGUGGCCUUCAUCACCCACGGCGGUCAGUCGAGCACAGUAGAAGCUAUCCACGCGGGUAUGCCCGUGGUAGUAGUGCCGUUUGGUGGGGACCAGAAAGCGAACGCCGAGAGAGCUGUCCGAAUGGGUGUCGCUUUACAAGUAGACUAUUACAAGGACACGUUGGCUGAUGAUCUUGAAGUGGCUGUGAAGGAGUUACUGGGGAAUGAGAAGUACCGUGAAAAAGCAAAGUUCUUGUCUAAACUAUUCCGCACUCGUCCCGUGCCGCCGGCGAAACUCAUUCCUUUCUACGUAGAACUCGCUAUUGAAACUAAAGGGGCCUACCACUUACGCUCACUAUCACUCAAGUACAGUUGGUAUGAGCGCUGGAUGCUCGACUUCGUGCUCGCUGUGCUCGGCGUGCUCGCGGCGCUCGCGUGGCUCGUCAAGCUCGCUGUCACUGCUUGCGUCAGAAGAUUUAGUGGCAAGAAGACUACGGCUAAGAAGAAGAAGCAAUGAUCAUUGUAAUAUUGUUUUAUUUUUGUAAAUAUUGAAAGAAUGCUACGGGAUCGUUGCCGUUGAAAUAGAUGUGUGUGAAUAAGAUUUUGUUUAUAGUUUUCACGACUGUUAAAUAUUCCAAGUGUUUGCGUUAUUUAGUUGGAUAUUUU